AAAAAAUUCACGUACGAAACUUUCUCUUUGUAAACAAUACGGAAAUCUGCAUGCAGAUAAGAGGGGGAAGCGAAGUAUUUUCAGUUUUAUUACAACAGUAGAUUUCCCUAAGUGUCCGCAAGAUAAAACACGAUGACCAUAACAAUCGCUAGUCAAUCCCUCUCUCAGUUACCCGAAACUGUUGAAGAAAUCUACCAGCAGUUUCCGUCCUUGGAGACUGAGGCCUUGAAAUUCGUACAGACACCACUACGUAUUAUUGACAAACCCGAAGGAGUACUGUAUGUCACUCAGAAAGAAUACGCUGUGUUAAAAAAUGAUGAUGAAAACUUGUCAGUUAUUGGGACUGAUGAUGCCACAACUUGUCAUAUGGUUGUCCUUGUUAACAGAAAAGAAUUUAGUGUGUGUGUGGCUCACAUAGACUCCACCGAUGAUUUGGAUGAGGAACUGACCCGAAUGGUGUUGGAUAUAAUGGGCCAACAACACACAGAAAGUGAUUUUCAUCUCGAACUUUCAAUCAUGGGUGGCUACCGUGAUGAAAUGCACAAAUCAGAGAUGUUAACGCUGGAUCUGCUGCAGUUCUAUAACGAUUUGCCAGUCAACUUUCAACUUAAAUCUUUAUGUGUCAAUUCCAUUAAUACCCGAACAAGCAAUGGGAUCAAUUGGCCUAUAAUAUAUGGUGUGGCUGUGGAUCUGCAAUCUGAUUUCAUCAUUUCUCCUGCAAAGUUCAAUUUGAAUGUCCGAGGGCCUUGCCUGUCAUUGAGAUCUUCAAGAUUUCUCAGUAGUCAAUGCUCCCUCCACAGGGUGUAUCAUACUGGCGAAGGAAUUUUCCGUAUCAAUCCUUUCAGCUAUCAGUACCACUCCCAGAUGGUUGACUGGAUACAUAAGAGCGAUGAUUUUAUCCUGAGCAAUUUUUCAACAUCGCCCGCCGUAGAACCAGAACAUUUCCCUCAAGAAAUGAAGCAAGUCUUCCAGUUUGUAGUCCACAAUCCAUUCCCAUUGGCCAGCGUAUUUAAAUUUAACAAAUCCGUAAAAUAUGUACCCUCGCCCCAAGGCCAGUGGCUGAAGCUUUAGUUCCGCAUUUAUUUGAUUUUAGAAAAUGAUUUUGUAUGCUUAAUAAGUUCGGUUACUAGAACACUUUGCGCAAAACGUCAUCCAAAGUAGACUGCAGAAAUGGAAAGUCGAACUUUAACCAACUGACGAAAGGAAACAGGAACAAAUAUUACGCACUUUAAAUCGCUACUUUCAUUUUAUAUGUACUUAGAGUGCACCUUUGUCUGAAUGUUUUAUGUCUACACCUUAGUUAUUUCAUGUCAUUUAUCAGUUUCAUCCUGUUUAACGCAACAAAUGCUCUGAUCUAAUGGCCAACUGAUGAAUGGCAAUAGAUAGAACUUCGAUAAACGUGAAUUGAAUGUUAGAUAGCGCACAUGCCAAUGGGUGCAUAAUGAAUUUUUAAGUGGUGGGAUUAUGAAACCCUGCUCGACUGAUGCAAAGUUGUUCUUCACGUAUCACUUUACAAAAUGCCAACUCACACUGAAAUUGCCCCCGUCACUUUUUUCUUCGUGAUAUCCGGUGACCUUCGAAAACAGAAAGUAUAAUUGUGGACGUUCAGUUUCAUGUGAAAAUGAAAAAAAGAAAAACAAUUUAUGCGCCAUUUGUGUUGAGACGUGUACAGACCAUUCAUUGUUGAAUUGUGUUUAUAUCUUUUUUGAAACAGCACGGUGAUAGUUUUUAAUGGCAAAAGCGUAAUAUUUGUACCGUGCACCGAAUUAAGUGCGCCUGACCUGAAUGUUCGUAACAAGAGAAACGAAGUUGUUUCUGUAAAUAAAAGAUGUUACGUAAGUUCAA